AUGGACGGACCGCAGAAGAAACGGGAAAAGCUCUCUAAGCUUCAAGGCGACUCAACUGAACAUAAUGGAAUAAUCACCAGGUCUUACCGCUCGCUAAGUCCUCGGACUCGUCUUGUCUUUGGCCUAAGCCUCAUGGGUUACGCAGCCUUUGGGAUGUGGGCAUCACCGCAACUCGAGAAAUCGUUAGGAAUGACCCCGUCGAAAGAAGAGCAGGAAGAGCUAGACCGGAAACUCGCCAUCAAUGUCUCGACUGUGGAUAAGUGA